AUGGGGCCGAUGGUGUUGCUGGGGCUGCUGCUGUGCACGCAGCUGCGUGGGGGUAAGUGCCGGGCGGCUGGGAUCGGGGCCGGGCUCGGCAGCCUCGGUGCCGCAGGCUCCGGGGAGCUGCGUCUGGUGGGCGGCGGCGAGCGCUGUGCCGGGCGUGUGGAGGUGAAGCACGGCGGUGAGUGGGGCUCCGUGUGCACCUUCGACUUCGACUUCGAAGACCGAUGGGCCACGGUGGUGUGCCGGCAGCUGGGCUGCGGCCGGGUGGCCAAGGCGUCGCCGUACGCCCCGUUCGGGCAGGGCAGCGGGCGGAUAUGGCUGCAUCCCUUCUUCUGCCGCGGCACCGAGGAUGCGCUGCAGGAGUGUCCACACUUCGGAUGGGGAGAGCACUUCUGCGGCCACGAGCGGGACGUGGGGGUGAUCUGCACAGAUGGCGUGGAGCUGAGGCUGGCGGGCGGCGGCAGUCCCUGUGCCGGAAGGGUGGAAGUGAAGCUGCAUGGCCGCUGGGGCUCGGUGGGAGACGACAUCUGGGACAUGGAGGAUGCCGAGGUGGUUUGCCAGCAGCUGGGCUGUGGCUCGGCUGCCGGCGCCUACUUCGUCCUCGACCGCUUCGACCCAGGGGACGGGCCAGUCAACGUGGCCAUGGUGGACUGCAAGGGCUUCGAGGCCACGCUCUGGGACUGCGAGAUCCGUGGCUGGGGACCCUAUAACAUCAGCUUCCGUGACUUCGACACUGCCGUGGUCUGCACAGGUUUUUCCCGGCUGGUCGGAGGUGACGGGGCCUGCGCCGGGCAGCUGGAGGUGCGGCAGGGCGGGGCCUGGCUUGGUGUCUGCGAGGAUCAGGUGGACGUGAAGGCGGCGCAGGUGGUGUGCAGGGAGCUGGGCUGCGGGCCGGUGCUCUCCGUCCCCGGCAGCGGCCGCUUUGGGGCGGCAUCGGGGUCGCUGUGGGACGGAGGCUUCCAGUGCCAUGGCACCGAGCCCCUCCUCAGCGCCUGUGCCCGGCGUCCGCCUCGCGGCCGGGGCUGCAGCGGCCCUGGCAGCGUCAUCUGCUCCCCCUACACGGGCUUCCGGCUGGAGAACGGCAGCUCGGCGUGCUCCGGCCGGGUGGAGGUGGCGCUCAGGGGGACGUGGGGCUCCGUGUGCGCCAGCGAGUGGGACCUGCCCGAUGCCCACGUCCUGUGUCGCCACCUGGGCUGCGGGAGCGCCCUCGGCGUGUCCCCGGGAGGCUCCUUCGGCAGCGGGGAGGGACCGCUGCGGCCGGACGCCUUCGGCUGCAGCGGGAGCGAGCGGCACCCGGGCGAGUGCCCCGUGACCGUGCUGGGGAAGCCGCCCUGUGCCCCCGGCAACGCCGCCGCCGUCAAAUGCUCAGGCGUUGUCGAGUCGCUGCGGCUGGUGGAGGGCGAGACCCGGUGCGAUGGGUGGCUGGAGGUGGCCACAAAGACCGGGGCCAUACGCCGUGUGCCGGGAGACCUGUUGCUUCUACGGAAUUUCAGCAAGGUGUGCUGGGAGCUGGGCUGUGGAGAACUGGACGAGAGCAACGCUGUCCCCGGUAAUGUUACCCUGGGGGGCAUCGACGCGACGGAGAGGGCCAUCAUGGAAAGCGUGAUCAUAACCAUCCUGGGGAAGACCACUGCGCUGACCGAGUGGCCUGAUGAGCUGCCCAGUUACUUAUUUCAGGACCAGGUAUCAACUUAUUUCUUACAGUGGCUGACCACUGCACCUGCUGGCGUCCCUCACGGCACAUACCUUUUCUGCUCAGGCAGCCGCCGGGUGAGGCUGGUGGGGAGCUCCGGGCGCUGUGCCGGGCUCGUGGAGGUCUAUUGGGGCGGCGGCUGGAGCAGCGUGUGCCAGGAAGGCUGGGACGUGCGGGACGCUGCCGUUGUGUGCCGUGAGCUGGGCUGUGGCACGGCCCUGGAGGCCGCGAGCUCGGCGCGCUUCGGUGCCGGCACGGGCCCGCUGUGGCCGUACGCGCCCGAGUGCUCCGGGAGCGAGGAGUCUCUGUGGCAAUGCGGGCGCUCGGAACGGCGCGAGUGCGGGCGCGGCGGCGGGGCAGGGGCCGUGUGCUCAGGUGAGCGGCGGGCAGCCCCGCAGAGGCCGGCGCGGGCCCCGGGGGGGGGUUGCCGGCCGUGCCGUGACCCCGCCGGUCCCGUUGCAGAGCAGGUCUCGGUGCGGCUGGCAGGCGGCCGCGGGCGCUGCCGGGGCUUCCUGGAGGUGUCCUACAACGGCACCCGGGGCCGCGUGUGCGCCAACGGCACCGGCCCCGGCACCGCCGGCACCGUCUGCCGCCAGCUGGGCUGCGGGGACCGGGGCUGGCUGUCGGCCGUCGCCGGCCCGCAGCCGUCCCGUGCCUGGCUGGCCUGGGUGGGCUGCGAGGACGGGAGCCGCUCGCUCUGGGGGUGCCCCUCGGCAGCCUGGCACCUGCAGAGCUGCGGCGCUGGCGGGGACGCCCACGUGGCUUGCGAGGAGGACAGCGACGGCACCGCUGAGACAAACGCCACCUCAUAUCCAGAGGGUGCCACCAGCGCAGGUAGCUGUGCCCGUGCCUGCAUGGCCCACGGCAGGCUGCCUGGGAUCCCCCUCCCCUUGCCUGGCUGUGUAGCCACAGGUGUCCCCAGCAGAAGCACCCUGGCAGUGGCCAUGGAGACUGUGCCUGUGCCAACCAUCGUGUACGCGGUGCUGGGGACGUUGCUGUGCCUGACCCUGGGUGUCCUGGCCGUGCUGCUGUGCCGUGCCCGUGCCCGUGCCCAGCAGCGAGGUGCUGGCAGAGCUGCGGAUGCCAUCUCCAACGCUGUCUACGAGGAGCUGGAUUACAGCGCCAUGCCGGAGCACCUGGAGGUGCCCAGUCGCCCAGGUUCCCUGACGAAGGGAUCGGUGCAGAAGCUGCCGUAUUACACCGGGGACAGCGUGGAGGGCAGUGAGAGCGAGGCAGCCCCAGGUGGGAUGCACUCCCCUCCAAUUCCCCCAGGAGCCUCCAGGGAGCCCUCAGAAGAGCCACCGGGGCACACGGACUAUGAUGAUGUGGGCAGCAGCGCAUCGGGGACGUUGCCAUGA